AUGUUAGAGAGUCACAGUACUGGGCCUGCUAAAGAGAUCAUCCUGCGUCUGUACGCGUCUCCUGCUGAAGUCCUUGCGGGAUUUGACGUAGACUGCUGUGCCGUCGCGUAUACACCUGGCAAGGUCUUGGUGUCUCCGCGUGCCUUAGCUGCACACAUCCGCCAGGCGAACCUCGCUGACCCUGCACGGAGGAGUCCCAGCUACGAAGUGCGUCUGGCGAAGUACGCAGCUCGCGGUUUCGAGAUCCAUGUACCUGGUCUUCGCCGCGGGGACAUCGACCCCCAGAUCUUCGAACGAAGCAUCAGUAGAGUCCAGGGCCUUGCGCUCCUCCUUGUUCUCGAGAAGUUGCGCGACGCGCCUUCUCGCGCAGGAUACGUCGGCAUGCGCGCCGAGCUACGAGGUCGCCCUGGCAACAACACGUCAAGGUAUAGUAUGGAUGACGGCGGUCACUACAAGAACGAUUAUAAGUCCAAAGGUCCAUUCGCUGACCUCGACAUUGAGCUGAGUGGCUACGACCGCGGCGCAUUACGGAUACCGUAUGGGCCCACCUGGCAUGCAGCGAGGAUUGAGAAGUUGAUUUGGAAAACAGACAUGGGCAUGAACUCUCCGUUUAAUCCGCGCAACAAGAACCGCCGGCUCCAUCGACACCCGGCGUUCUUCGGAACCGUGCAGGAGAGCAUGGAUGAUUGUUGCCGCACAUGCCCCGUGCCCGAGAACGCCGAGGAAGAGAAGCAGCAGAAGGACGAAGACGAGAGGGGCUCGUACGUUCGCGGCCGAAUCUCAUUCAUCAAAGACGAUCCAGGCCGUUGCUAG